AUGUCUAUUUUUGGUGCACCGCUUCCACAUGAAGACGACACCGCGACGUCGCUUAUCCGGCGUGAGGGUUAUCCACCGAUUGGCUCAUACGAGCAAAUUCCGGAGGUGUACGUGUGCCCCUGCUGUAGCAACAUAAACCCCUCCCAUGAACCUGACCACCUGUUGCGCACCGCAAAGGAGGAGAAGGAAUUGGAGCGGCGUCGGCUCAUGCAACUUGAUAUUUUUGAGGAGCGGGCGAAGCCCAUCAGCAUGGCUGUUCCUCGACCGCGCGCUAUUCCCAUUCAUCAGGACACCGAUGAUGAUCAACUUAACCAGCCGCUCGUGCCCCCACCUCCGAUGACCCUGGAGGAGCUGCGGAAGAUGCAACGGAAAAUGAACAGGACGCGCCUCAUUGUUACAGUGCAUCAUGGAAAGAAUCUUGACCUUCAUCCACUUGAUCCGACAUCCGUUCUCUUGCGUUGUGGAGCGCUUGAGGGACAGACGGCGAAGGUACCUCGUGGUAAUGGGGUUCUUUCCACGUGGGAGGAGAUUUUUGAGUUCUCUUACCCUAACGAAGAGGAGCCGCUUGAGCUACUCGUCAUUGACGACGCUCUGCCCGCCGAGCAGGACCAUGUCUUUGGCGGUAUCGUUGUUCCGCCGUACGCAUUACGCAAUCGCGCUCGUGGUGAUGAGGAGGUGCUACCAGUUUGUUCGCCGGAUGAGAUGCAACGCGGCUAUGGCCGCAUGAAGGAGACUCCUAUGGGCUCUAUUGUCGUCUCGUGGUAUGUGAAGUCCGGUGCAGAGGAGGAUGAGCCUACCAAUGUGAAUCAGAAUCUUGAAAAUCCUGUUGACUGCGUCUUCGUCGUUCACCGUAUCUUCCAGUACACUGACAAUGGAGCAGAGCCCUUCAUGGACGGCGUCCUUUGCGUUCUGCGUGACGCAGACGAUAAUCUCUCUGCCUCAACCCAGUACCAGCCAAGUGGUGUGGCGAAUAUGUCAACGUCGCCGUAUUAUACAAAAGAGGGAUUUAAUUACCUCCCUGAACCAGCCUCGCAGACCAUGCAGCUUAUCACCGAAAAGAGGCUUGGAAACAUCCUGCUCUGCGUUCCGAAGGCUCACGGAGAGGGCGGCGAAGAUGAAGGACUACUGGUUGUUGGUGCUGUUUCACUUGAUUUCGGGGAGUUGUACCACAAGGGCUCUGCCGUCCUGCUUGUUGAGUCAAGGGUGAAGGAGGAUGCCUUGUGGGGUGAGAUUGCGCUUGAGUGGCGUCUCACACCACAUACGACGCUGCAAGAGGAGCUGGAACGGCUCCAAUUGAUUCACAAGAAGAAGUUGGAGCGGGGGGCCAUGGGGCAACACGCGACAAAAACCCAUGGGCCUCUCUUUGUCACUGUCGUGCGUGGCGUGAACCUUUCCGAUCACGAUGGAAACCCGCUGACCCAGGCACAAGUCUGUUUGUAUGCCGGUCAUAUGGAAGGCUCGACAUUUGUUGCAUUCAACACGCUGGACGAGGACGGCAUGACGAACAUCAUCAACUGGAACCAACAGAUGCAGUUUAUUGACUUGGAUUAUGACGAAUCGGACAUAAACGUGCACGUCCUUGACGGCAACGAGAGAAUCAGCAGCGGCGAAUUUGUCGCGGAUAAGGAGAGGAGCUAUGUUGUUGUACAAAUGCACGACCCGUAUGACGAGGAUAAACUGAUGGGUGAAAUUCUGGUGAACUACAGACGUGUUUCCGCCGCCGAUGACGCGGCACUCAGGAAGUCAGAAGACAACAGCGCUACCAACAACGUGAAGAGCGAUGGGGAAGAACGCAUCCUACUAAGCGAGGGAAGAGAAAGGUCUCUUGAGGUUCAAGAUCACCAGAACGGUGACAGGGAAAGCCAUCAUGAAAAUGUCAAUGAGGAAUACGGGGACCAGGCUCUAGCGCAAGAAUACCCCGGAGAGGAGGAGCAUUCAAAGAGAGGACCGUCUUCUGAUCAGGCACGGGCUCAGGACUCCCCUGGAGACGAAAGGCAUUCAAAGAGAGGACCGUCUUCUGAUCAGGCACGGGCUCAGGACUCCCCUGGAGACGAAAGGCAUUCAAAGAGAGGACCGUCUUCUGAUCAGGCACGGGCUCAGGACUCCCCUGGAGACGAAAGACGUUCAAAGAGAGGACCAUCUUCUGAUCAGGCACAGGCCCACGAA